AUGAGAGACCUUUUUGUAUUGGGAGGGUCGUCCCAUCCAAAUUUAACCCGCUCGAUUUGUCGCAACUUGACUAUUGACCAAGCCUUUGUUGAUUCGAAAAAAUUUUCCAAUGGAGAGACUAGUAUUGAAAUCCAGGACUCAGUUAGAGAAAAAGAUGUUUUUAUCAUACAAUCGGGGUGUGGACAUGUAAAUGACAAUUUUCUUGAAUUAUUGAUUAUGAUAGCUGCAUGUAAGACGGCUAGUGCCAAAAGGGUGACGGCAGUGUUACCAUUAUUCCCAUACUCGAGACAGCCUGAUGUUCCUCAUGCAGCAUCACUUACAGGGGCACCAUCGGUGAGUACCAAGAAGGAUAAAUAUACGUUCGAAAGUGCACCUGGUACACCUAGACCUUUAUCAAGAGGCGAAUCUGAAGCAGAAGGGCCGGUAUCACCAACACCUUCAUCAGCAAACAGCUCGCAACAAACCGAAACUCUCUUAAGUAAAGCCACAAUGAAUAAUGUCAAGCAACCAGUUCCUACGAGGGUUAAUACCAAGAUUCCUUCAUAUACACCCACAUCAAUUGUGACUAAUUCAGCAGCUACAAACUUGCCCUGUGUGGAUGUAUACGGGAAGACCGAGAGUGGUUACAAGCAAUGGAUUGCGCAAAACGGGACUUUGAUUGCCAAUUUAUUAACCACUGCUGGGGCUGACCGUUGCAUUACUAUGGAUUUACACGAUCCCCAGUUUCAAGGUUUCUUUAACAUCCCCGUGGAUAACCUCUACUCAAAGCCAUUGUUAAAGCACUAUAUUAUAGACUACAUACCCAACUACCUGGAUUGUGUUAUCGUUUCACCAGACAGUGGAGGAGCCAAGAGAGCCACUUCUAUAGCAGAUGCACUUGGAUGUUCGUUUGCGUUAAUUCAUAAGGAGAGAAGGGCCAAGGUCGCAAACACACCUCCAUCGACCAAUGCAACGAACACCGGCUUGCAUUCGGUGCAAAAUUCAUUAGUGGCCACCACCAUGUUGGUGGGUGAUGUCAAGGACCGUGUCUGUGUGUUGGUGGAUGACUUGGUGGAUUCGUCUUACACUAUCACGAGGGCCGCCAAGUUAUUGAAAGACCAAGGGGCAAAAUACGUGUAUGCACUUGUCACACAUGGGAUUUUCAGUGGAGAUGCCAUCAACAGAAUUAAUAAGUCUGCGGUGGACAAGCUCAUCGUCACUAACUCUGUCCCUCAAAAUGACAACAUAGGCGUAUUAGGCGACAAGCUCGAGGUGUUGGACAUCUCGCGGAUAUUGGCCGAGUCGAUCAGAAGAAUUCACAAUGGUGAAUCCGUUUCAAUGCUUUUCGACCACGGAUGGUAG